CUCAGCUUCUCGCGUAUAGAGCUCAGUCACCGGUCGACGCUGCGCCGGACUCGUCGCUGGCCCGCGCUGAUGUUCACACACGUACACACGUACACACGCACACGCACACGCACACGCACAGGCGCGCACACACACACCGACACACGUCGACCCGCGCAGGGACUGCCGCGAGUGUCACCGAUGCCUCCGAGAGCGGCAGCCCGGUCAGCAGGUCGCGGCUCGAAUGCCUCGUUGUAGCGGGGAAGGCGUCCGCGAGGUAGACUGCAGAGCUCACUCUCGCUCGCAGCAGCUCUCGGGCAUGCCGUCGUCGCGGCCGGAGGCGCUGGUCCCGAGAGGCCUCGGCUGCUCGCGCCGCCUGGCCUGCUAGUGCCGCCCGCGACUCCUUACGCGUGCAACGUGCGAUCGGGGAUCCGGAUAGAGUGUUGGAGGAGCGAGCUCGCGCCGAGGCAAGGAUGUCGCUGCAGUACUACCCGCACGGCUACCGCUACCGCACGGCCACGAGGACGAGCGAGCAGCUCGGCUCGGACAGCGACGUCAACGAGCUGAGCGACCUCGAGGACGACGAGGAGGCCGACGAGGAGGAGGACGGCGACGAGGAGGAGGACGAGGAGGAGGACGAGGAGGAGGACGAGGAGGAGGACGAGGAGGACGAGCUGCCCUACCCCGGAUUCGUGCCCGUCGCGCUCAGAUACCUCGAGCAGAGCACACGGCCGCGCAACUGGUGUCUCGCGCUCAUCACCAAUCCGUGGUUCGAGAGGAUAAGCAUGAUGGUCAUCCUGCUGAACUGCAUCACGCUGGGCAUGUACCAGCCCUGCGUCGACGAUCAGUGCGUGACGAAUCGUUGCAAGAUAUUACAGAUGUUCGAUGACAUCAUCUUCGCCUUUUUCUCGUUAGAAAUGACGAUAAAAAUGGUGGCGAUGGGCAUCUACGGCAAAGGAACCUACCUGGCCGAUUCCUGGAAUCGCUUGGAUUUCUUCAUAGUGCUGGCAGGAUCGUUGGAGUACUGCCUAAACGUGGAGAACAUGAACUUAUCGGCGAUACGGACGAUAAGGGUGCUGCGGCCACUGCGGGCAAUCAACAGGAUACCGAGCAUGAGGAUACUCGUGAUGCUGCUACUCGACACGCUCCCGAUGCUGGGUAACGUGCUGCUGCUCUGCUUCUUCGUCUUCUUCAUCUUCGGCAUCGUCGGGGUCCAACUCUGGGAAGGCAUACUCAGGCAGCGCUGCUUCCUGAAGGCUUUGCCCAACGUCAAGUAUCCCGAGUUACUCUCGGACGAGUACUCCGUUCGAUCACGCAUUUACGACCUGGAAAAGUACUUCGAGUACCAGGGCCAGGACUACAUCUGCUCGAGGCCGGACGACAGCGGAAUGCACAGCUGCAGUAACUUACCACCGCUCAAGAUCGGAAACCUGGAGUGCAAUGACACGGCCCUGCCGAACAAUAACGCGACGUACAUCGGCAACGACACGUGCGUCAACUGGAACUACUAUUACACCGAGUGCAAGGGCCAGGGGAACAACCCCUUCCAGGGCACCAUAUCCUUCGACAAUAUCGGCCUUGCCUGGGUGGCCAUAUUCCUCGUCAUCAGCCUCGAAGGAUGGACGGACAUAAUGUACUACGUGCAGGACGCUCACUCCUUCUGGGACUGGAUCUACUUUGUCCUCUUGAUCGUCAUCGGCUCCUUCUUCAUGAUCAACCUCUGCCUUGUCGUGAUAGCGACCCAGUUCUCGGAGACGAAGAAGCGGGAAAUGGAGAGGAUGCGGCUGGAGCGGGCUCGAUUCCAUUCCACCAGCACUCUCGCCUCUUCGACCAACACCUCCGAGCCGACCACGUGCUACGCGGAGAUAGUCAAGUACAUCGCGCAUCUCUGGAGACGGGCCAAGCGAAGACUGCUGAAGAAGUACCGCCUCUUUUUGUACAGCAGGCAACAGAGGCGGGAGCAGAACUUGCUGAACGAUCCGCAGGCCCAGGUGCGCUCGAACCUCGUGAGGUCGCCGCGGCUGCCAGAUGGGAAGCUGCAUCACAGUCGGUGCCCACGUCUCCUGGCCGGCCUGGAGCCCGAGCAGCCGAGCAGCGCGGCCCCGGGGACUGACUUGCUCGGGCUCUCGGCACUGGCUGGCGGCAGCAGCGGCACCAUCGCCGCGCCCCGGGCCAGCCCCGAAGUGUCCGAGACGGAGCUGUCGCUCGACCAGCAGCAUCGCCGCUCGAGCCUCCACAACAUCAACGCCGCCGAGACGCGCAGCGCGCUUCUGAGCCCGCCUUGCGUUUAUCAUCGCCGGCGCAGUAGCGUGAUGUUCAGCGAUGUCGUUCUUCUUCAUGGGAGUAGCGUUAAUACGUUGCCGGGCUCGAUCGGGAUGGCCGGCGAGCGAAACGUUUGCUCCAGCGAGAAAAUGACCCAAACCGGCGACGGCAAUGUUUGGUCGACGCCCCAGCCUAAUAACGUACAAGCCGAGCUCGGCGGCAGCGAGGCGAUGACGUGCCAAGAACUUCUCGCAUUGAGUGGGGCUCUCAGCGCGGCCCUACCCACCGGCCAAUUGGCCCUCGACUCCUUUUUGAAUUCGCUCACGAAAGGUAGGCUCGCGACUCGCAGUAAACUUCUCCCGGAGGAUGGAAAAGAGAAACCCUCUCGUUCUGCCCCUCUCCGUGCCGCAGGCAUCAGCGAGCGGAACACGAGCCUGCAGGAGGAGCGCUCGCAGUGGCUGGCGGCGAACCAGGCGGCGAACCAGGCGGCGAACCAGCCGGCGAACCAGCCGGCGCUCGAGCCGGACGCGUGCUCGUGCUGCUGCGACCUGCAGAACGAGCAGUGGCCGGAGGAGAGCAGGACGGGCCCGGGGGCCAAGUGGCGCCACUCCUCGACGCGCCGGUUCCUCAAGCUCGCCGGCGGCUGCUGCAUCUGCUCCCUGCGCUGCUUCAAGCGCUGGACCAAGAAGCUCGUGGACCACAAGUACUUCCAGCAGGGCAUACUCUUCGCCAUCCUCAUCAAUACCCUCAGCAUGGGCAUCGAGUACCACAACCAGCCGGAAGAGCUGACGGUCGUCGUGGAGAUAAGCAACAUCGUCUUUUCCGCCGUCUUCGCCGUCGAGAUGCUGCUCAAGAUCAUAGCGGAAGGGCCCUUCGGCUACAUCAGCAAUGGUUUCAACGUCUUCGAUGGCAUCGUCGUUGUGUUGAGUGUCGUCGAGCUGUGCCAGUCCUUCGCGGAGGAGCGCGGGAGCGGAGGAAGCGGAAGCUCGGGGCUCAGCGUGCUCAGGACCUUUCGCUUGCUCAGGAUUCUAAAGCUCGUGCGGUUCAUGCCGAAUCUACGGAGGCAGCUCUUCGUUAUGCUGCGCACGAUGGAUAACGUUGCCAUAUUUUUUUCCCUUUUAGUACUGUUCAUCUUCAUUUUCAGUAUCCUUGGAAUGUACCUGUUCGGGGGUAAGUUUUGCAUGUGGGCGGACCGGAGUCGGCCCUGCACCUGUGCCGAGGUGGUCUCGCGCCACCCAUUGUGUCGCUGUGAUCGCAAACAUUUCAACGACAUCGUCUGGGCACUUGUAACCGUCUUUCAGAUCCUGACGCAGGAAGACUGGAACGUCGUUCUGUUCAACGGGAUGCAGAAAACCUCCCACUGGGCGGCCCUGUACUUCGUGGCCCUAAUGACCUUUGGGAACUACGUGCUCUUCAACUUGCUCGUCGCUAUCUUGGUCGAGGGCUUCUCUUCGGAGAGGAACGAAAGACGCGAGCGAGAGCAAAGGGAAUUGGCCAAACUCGCGGCGAAGGAAGCCGGCCUCGGGAGCGAGGAGGGCUCCUCCAGGAUGUCGCGCUCCCACUCCGUUUCCGAUAGCGACACAUACACACAGGGCCAAAAGAACUCCUGGCAGAGCUGCGAGGAGCUGCGCAAGUACAAGGACAACCAGAACCAGCAUGCUUGGAAGCAGCAGCAGCGGCGGCGGCACGCGUUCGACGAGCCCAAGUGCAACAUCCAGAAGGAGAGCAAGAUGAUGGGUUCCGGGAGUGGACCGCAGCCGCCCAUCAUCACGCACACGGCCGCGACGCCGCAGGACUCGCCGAACACGACCCUCGAGACCGGCUACCGGGAUCUCAACUUUCGCGCGAUCUACCCGACGAGCCUCUCCAUCGAGUCCAUCGACCGAUCCUCCCUUGCGCAGAGCCAGUGCAGCGUCUACUCGGGCUUCCUCAAGCCGCCCGACAGCGGCAGCAACAGCAGCAGAAUCGCAGCGAAUAAUUUGGUCGGUCAAUCUUCGCGGCGCAUCAGUCUCGUCACCGGCCACGUCAAUUCUUCCUGCUCGCCGAGGGAAUCUUCGAGCUCGAGCCCGCCGAGGAUUCAGAGGGGCUACUCCUGGCGGCUGUCGAGGCCCUCUUUGCGGCGGAAAAGGUGGUCCCAGUGGGAGGAGGAGCCGCCCGGCCGAGCCACGAUCCUCAACAACGGAAGGAGCAACCUCGGCCACAAGUCCUUGUGCGGGGACUACGGCAACUACAACGGCGCGGGCUAUCUCCAGGGUUCGAUAAGGAACGAUACUCACCGCGACGCGCCGAACAAUCGCACAGCUGCCAUGGCGAGCAACAAUUGUAGCCUUAGCCCGAACAAUUCCAUAAGAAGCCGGCGCUCCUCUCUUCAUAGGUACACGCCGACGAACCAGAUGCGCUGGACGGACGAGCUGUCGAGGCGCAACUCGCUGCAUUCUCGCAAGAUGUUGCCGUUCGACGAGGCGCCGCGGACCAUCAACAACCUGCAGGGCUUCGAGACCGGGCCCCUGCCGCGGAUAAAACGACUGGCCGAGGAGGAGCCCGAGCUCACGGGCGAGCAGACGCCGCCGUCCAACGGCCAGGAGAGCGCCGGCAGCAUCGAGCGCAUCAAGAAGAUCUUCAUGUUCUUCGAGCCCAAGGGCUGCCUCAAGGAGCGCGACGACUACUCGCUUUAUCUCUUCCCGCAGAGCAACAGAUUCCGCGUAUUCUGCCGCUGGUUCGUCGAUCAGAAGUGGUUCGACAACGUCGUGCUCUUGUUCAUCGGACUGAACUGCAUAACGCUAGCAAUGGAACGACCCAACAUUCCGCCCGACAGUAGAGAAAGACUUUUCCUUGCUAGCGCCAAUUACAUUUUCACCGCUGUCUUCGCCGUGGAAAUGUUUGUGAAGGUCGUCGCGACGGGGAUGCUCUACGGCUCGGACGCUUACUUCACCUCAGGCUGGAACAUAAUGGAUGGCUCGCUCGUGGUCAUUUCUAUAAUCGAUCUCGGCAUGUCCCUCCUCUCGUCGAGCAGUCCCAGAAUAUUCGGCAUACUGAGGGUGUUUCGAUUGCUGCGCUCGCUGAGACCGCUGCGCGUGAUAAACCGCGCGCCGGGCUUGAAGCUCGUGGUGCAGACGUUGCUCUCGUCCCUCCGGCCUAUCGGCAACAUCGUCCUCAUUUGCUGCACGUUCUUCGUUAUCUUCGGCAUCCUCGGGGUGCAGCUGUUCAAGGGCGCGUUCUACUACUGCGAUGGCCCGGACAUCAAGAACGUGCGCAACAAGACCGACUGCCUCGCUGAUAAGCGCAACGUCUGGCUCAACAGGAAGUACAACUUUGACGAUCUUGGCAAGGCGCUCAUGUCCCUCUUUGUGCUGUCGUCGCGCGACGGCUGGGUCAACAUCAUGUACACGGGCCUCGAUGCUGUCGGGGUCGAUCAGCAGCCCAUAGAAAACUACUCGGAAUGGAGGUUGCUCUACUUCAUCGCAUUCAUUCUGUUGGUCGGCUUUUUCGUCCUGAACAUGUUCGUCGGCGUGGUCGUUGAAAACUUCCACAGGUGUCGAGAAGAGCAGGAGAAGGAAGAGCGCGUAAGGAGAGCCGCCAAACGUGCAUUGCAAAUGGAAAAGAAAAGGAGGAAAAUGCACGAACCGCCUUACUACACUAAUUACUCCAAGACCCGGCUCUUCAUCCACAACGUCGUCACGUCCAAGUACUUCGAUCUCGCGAUAGCGGCGGUGAUCGGCUUGAAUGUCGUAACCAUGGCCAUGGAGUUUUAUAUGAUGCCGAAAGCCUUAACCUACGCUCUCAAGAUAUUCAACUACUUCUUUACGGCCGUAUUUAUUCUCGAAUCCUUCAUGAAACUGCUCGCCCUCGGGCUCCAUCUGUACCUCAAGGAUAAGUGGAACCAGCUGGACAUCGGGAUCGUCAUACUCUCGGUUGUCGGAAUCGUGCUCGAGGAGCUCGAAUCCAAAAUCAUUCCAAUAAAUCCAACCAUCAUCCGGGUCAUGAGGGUGUUGAGAAUAGCCAGAGUACUCAAACUGCUGAAAAUGGCCAAAGGCAUCCGCGCACUUCUGGACACCGUGAUGCAGGCUUUGCCGCAAGUUGGCAAUCUAGGUCUUUUAUUUUUCUUGCUCUUCUUCAUCUUCGCCGCGCUUGGAGUCGAACUGUUCGGCCGAUUAGAGUGCAGCGACGAAAUGCCGUGCCAGGGUCUGGGUGAGCACGCCCACUUUAGCAACUUCGGCAUGGCCUUUCUGACCUUGUUCCGCGUAGCGACAGGCGACAACUGGAACGGCAUCAUGAAGGACACGCUGCGCGACAACUGCGACGACGCCGCCGACUGCGUCAAGAACUGCUGCGUCAGCAACAUCAUCGCACCCAUCUUCUUCGUCAUCUUCGUCCUCAUGGCGCAAUUCGUCCUGGUCAACGUCGUCGUCGCCGUCCUCAUGAAGCACCUCGAGGAGAGCCACAAGCAGAUGGAAGAUGAGCUUGACAUGGAAACGCAACUGGAGCGCGAGUUCGCGGCCGAGCAGGAGGAGCUGCUCGAGGUCGAGGAGGAGGAGGGAGAGGAGGAGGAGGAGCAGGAGGAGGAGGAGGAGGAGGAGGAGGAGGAGGACAAGGAAAUCGUAGAGGAAGCGGUGACGAUCAACGCUGCGGCUCGAAGAAAGGAGAAUCCCGACGAGGAACAGCAGGAAGCAGCCGGCGAGGGCAGCGAUGAGUUCUCGGGGAACAGUCGACCAGGCCUCUCCAAGGUCCGAUCAUUGCCCUCCAACUUUACCUACAAUCCGCCUGCCGAGAAUGAAAGAACCACCGACGACAACUUACUUUUAACUGCGCAUGCUUUUACGACUUCGAUGAUAGACUUUUAUUUCUUGAAAUGUCUAUCUUUGUCCGAUUUUAUUGAAGACGCGUCUGUAUCAACGAUGGACGACAGUCGGCGCUCCAUCUACCAGCAGCAACGGGCCUCCUGUCGGCCUUCCAAGUUCAAGGUGAAACGUCGCCAGACCUUUCACUCGCAACACCGCCACGGUGGCAUGUUCUCGACGCCUCCCAUGCACUUCGAGGUGGCCGAGCUCAUUCGCAAGCCCGCGAGCAACCUGAGCGUGCCGCGCAUCAUCCCCCAGCGUGGCUCAUCCUCCUCGAUCGCCUACGGGAGUAGCAAGUACCUGGCCAGGCCGAGCCUGGCGCCCGAGCCUCAUCGCUCGUAUCUGACAGUCGCCCCAGUCUCCGGACCGCCUUCUGUCGAGUCCAUCCAGCAGCGCAGAGCCUCUUGCGCGUCGACCGACACCAGCGGCAGUUACAAGCACAAGAAUUUCUUGUGCCCCGUGGCUGAUCUUGGAUCUGCCAAGGCCAGGAUUCCCACGCCCGAGUUGAUGUCUUCUGAUACCAGUCCCAUUGUUUCCAGCAGUUCUCGAUCUCCGAGUAUGUCAAGUCACGGCGGGGGCCGCGCCGCCGCGAUGCGCCGCGAUUCCUCGAAGGAGGAGCCCCCAUCAAAGCCCAGUCCGCCAGAGCUUGACGAUGACCUCGACGUGCAGUCGGUGAUCAACGAGAGGCGACCACCGAAGCUCAAGCCCAGCUUCAGUCCUGCGAUGACUGAGCGCCGCCAGGCUUUCGUCGAGGAAGAGGACGAAGAAGAGGAGACGGAGGGCGCGGCGCCCGAGCAACCGCAGUUCGUAACUGUGGCUGUGGGCUCGAGCAGUCUGGAACUGCGCAUCUUCGUCGGCGAAACGAGCGAACCCUCGAUCCCCGCUCUCCAGCAGGAGGCGCAAGCCGAUGGCGAGCUUGUUGUUGUCGUCGAUGAGAACGGGGCCAAGAGGAGAAAGAAGAGUCCAGGCAGAGACGAGGCCAACUUGUAGUGGCUCACUUUCAUCUCGUUUAUUUCUCCCGGAAAAUGGCAAGCAUAGCGAAUUUGAAAGCGCAAAAGUACCUUUCGCUGUUCUCUUCUACGCCAUGGAUCGCGCACGGGCUCUUCGAAAGACUGCACUAGUGCAAGACAAUAUAGUUGUUAUUUCAACACGCGCGCGCCACUGCUCUCUUACUUACGCGCGUACGCGCGGAUCUUCUAUCGCCUUUGACGCCUUUUUCAAGAAGACAGCUCUGUCAAUCUAAGUACCUACAAGAGGACACAGCGAAGCACCUCCAGCGUGUAAUAUACGUGCGCGCGCGAAUCCAAGAGGAAUAUAUGAUAUAUACGCGAGUGCUGCUUGAUACGACUUAUGCAUAUACAUGAAAGUAAAGUACUUGCCGUUUCUUGUUUUAAACUCUCCCGCUUAGCAAUAACCGAGCACCUGCGAUGAGCUCUGCUUUCUUUUUUUGCGUGUACAUAUAAGCAGUUGUUGUUACAAGCGUGACGUAAACAUAUAGUUUAGUGCGAGUUAGAACGAAAGAAACCCUUUAUAGUUUACUCAAGAAAUUGUUAUGGCUACUCGACGUUGUCGUACUCCUGACAAUCUCAGAGUAAUAUCACAUUGUUAUCGUCGCCGAUGUAAACAAAAUCUUGUUAUUCCGGCAUGAUAUUCACUCAUGAAAUUAAGGAAUUCGUCCUACACUACAUCUACAUCGCCGGAUAAUACGCUCAAUCAAUCUGUUUCGACUUACAUUUCAGAAUAUGCUUAAUGUGUAAAUGUGUAAUCAAUCUGAACUACAAGUACAUCGAUGAGUUUCGCGUAUGCCUUCUAUCCGUGUUCGUGUGAGCUCUUUAAAAUUAAUACUCGUCAUUGAUUUUGCCAUUGUCAAGUAACGAACUGAUAUGUAAACAGUCCAGAUGCACAACUGGUGUGAUAUGAGGUAUUCUAGCUCUAAUUCCAGUGAAUCAACCUGAGUAUUCGACACAGUUGGACGAGCCGAAACGGUGAAGUGUAAACUAAGCAUAGGUAUACAUAUAACUGCGAUUUUAGCGUAUUAGAUGAACAUCGACACUCUCUGGAUCAAUCAGUAAUUAAUAAUUAACGAAUAGCUUUUAUUUAUAUACAUUAAUGAAUUAAAUGCUUUUCGGCGUUCUCUGCACCGAGAGAAAAACUUUUAACGCUGACUGCAAAAAAAAAAAACACGUUUUUUAAUUUUUAUUGAUUUGCUUCUUAAAGUAAGUAAUAUUUCUAGACAAUUUAAUAUUACCGAUGCAUAAAACAUAGAUAUGCUGUGUAUUAUAGAAUCCUUUACAUACAAUGAACUUUCUCUCUGAGUAACAAAUCUAUAAAAAAUAAACUACAACAAAGAAUUCAUUUAAUACACUCAAAUUAAUUAGCGUAUAAUCAAAAUAUAUCUUGAUCGAGUGUAUAAAACGAUUUUGUAUGUUUAAAUGACCAAAUUUUCAUUCGAAUCAAUCAGUGCACUAAUAUUAACGUUACAAUUCUAAAAAGGAUUGCGAAAGAAAAAAACUAUUCUCAGUGCAAUUAGGCAAGAAACUUGAACGAAAUCGUUAAUUGAACCAAAAGUUUUUCUGCGUGCGUUAUCCAAUCUGAAUGUACAUGUGGAAUUAUGCGUUUGUACUCGGGCGCCAAGCAGUCGCAGGACGCAGAGUUGCAUCUCUAAAAUAUUAUUUUGUGUAUUCUAUAUUUUCAACUUCUCGCGCGCGACAAUACUCACGACUGAGGGCGCCCGGAGUCUCGGGAUUGAAUUCCCAUAAGAAGCGAAAGCUAUAAAUAGCAAAUUAAAAAUUUCUCCUAAAUUUUUCUAUGUAACAACUCGAUCUCAAAAUAUGCAGCGGGACAAUCGUUUAUCAACGACGUUAAAUUUAACAAGUUUAUAAUAGUUUAUCCGUCUCCUGGAAGCAAUAAUCCUCUUCGAUAAAUACUUGUAGUCUUAAGCUUGGAUUCUGGUGAUAGAUGCUGUAAGCGAGGUAGUUUAUUCUAUUGGUAUUCGCAUAUAUUACUCCGCAAAGUUUUUUGACUUACUAUUUGAAAGUUAAAGAAAGUGUGAAUACCAAUGGAGCUAUUAGUAUUAGUUCUAAAGACUAAUGAUACAAAUUUGUUUCUCGUUAGAAGUCGUAAUCAGCGAAUAAUCUUGAGAUUGAAUGGUCGAAGUAAUUACACUGUCACUUUUCUACGGAAUUUUGUAGACUUUUCUGAAACUUUACAACUUUACAUAGAGGAAAAGUACUUCCGAGACUUUGGACGUUGUUAAAACGUUACACUCUUAAAUUUGUCACGAACAAAACUUUUAAAGGAAAAAAUUAAAGUCCGUUAUCACUUAAACACUUUGACACACUGUCAAGAUGACUAUUGUUUAAAUCUCAUUCUACUCUGCUUUGACUUCGUAGAGGGUUUUUUAUUAAAAUCUGUGAUAUAUUUUUAAUUAUAGCGUAUUUCCUAAUAACAGAAGAAAAUGGAAAUUGAAAGGCGAAAAUGAACAAAACAAAAGAGAAUUAAUUUACAAGCAGCAAUUAAGUAUAUACUAGUGUAAAUUUUUAAUGAAAUAAUAUCUAUAAAGGGUUAAAUAAUAACAAUAACAAUAAUAAUAAGAAUGUUCUAACACUAAAGAUAGAAAAUUCUAUGUACAUAAAUGUACAAUACUCUACUCUAUAUACUCGGUGUGAUUUAUUUUGAUACUACACGUAUAGAAUAUUUACCGAUUAUAUCGAGUAUAAAAGAAACUCUAUGCCUUCACAAACGUUGACGAACGUUCGCUCGGUAGUGGUGCCAUCGUUUAUUAUAUCAUUUUUUAAAACAAAGCUUUGCGCAUAAUUUAUCCAAGUUAUCUUUAUUGGCGUAUGCUCACACGUUUCUGCGCUGGUUACAAAUUCAUCGUUUGAAGAUUAAUUAUACGCACAAAAUUAUUUUACAAAAUCAUAGACGUCAAGAUUUUACAUAGGAUUGCACUUCUAUAACUAUUUAUUACAACUAAUAGAAUAUACUGAUGUCCAAAAUUCUGUUCAAUCAAUUGUUUUUCGAUAUUAAUGGUCGCGUAAAUAUUUUGUAAAUAUUAUUUUUGAGGAUAUAUUUUUUUUUUUAGAUGAAUGAAAUAAUAUAUCCGCUCGACGAUUGAUUUUUAAAAUAGUUGCUACGAAUAAAUCGACUAAUAGUUUUGAUUUAUUUUGUAUCGUUGAUAAACAAAAGGAUUAAAAGAGCGCAAACCCGAUAAAAGUUUAUUAAACAGUUUUUAAACAUUUUAAUUUUCAAAAGAAAAACACUUACAGAACUUUUUCGAACCACAAGAACCUAAAGUGUUUCAAAGAUCGUUUUUUCAAACAACUACGUUUACGCGUCAAAACUUCUAUUGGUCUGCAAAAAAAUGAUCACUUGAGCUCUUAAGGCUAGAAUUACAGAAUCAACUGCUUGGCACCACGUCCGAAUCUCGAUAGCUCGAUAGCGUUAGACGACUGACCUCCGAAUUAUCUAGCGUGUGCAUGCGAGUACAAGCCGCGGAUCUAGUACAGUUCUACUAUCAAUCGAAUUGCAUUUAAAGCACUUGGAAAAAAUGCAUUAUGAAAAAAUUAUCUAAAAUGAGACAUUUCUGUCAAAUUCUCAUACGAUACUUGAAGCGUGCCUCUCGAACCAUUAUAAUUUCUCAUUUGAGUUGUCAGCUCUUUCUUCUACACCAAUAGUAUUGUUGCCAUAGCAAUUAUUAUAAAAGUGAAAAGCUUGACAGAUUUUACGAAAAUGAGACAAAAAAUGUAAUAAAAAAUAUAACUAAUAAUUAUAUGGCGACACGUGGUAAAUAAUGAUUUUGCAUAAUAUAAAAAGAAAAAAGAUAACGGCGAUGCUAAUAAACUACUUGAUGUUUUGCAGAUCUUCUUUGACAAGUUAAUAUGAGAAUGAGAAUGUGAAAGAUCUGUGAAAGAUGGCAUCUACGUCGUCUUAUAGUUAUAUAAAUAUAUAUAUAUAUAUAUAUCGCAAAUUAUACUGUGUAAACAAGGAAACGCAUACAGUAACAUAGAUCAACAAACGCAAAAUAACGCGACGCACUUUUGUUCGUAUGUCGUUUAAAUUUUAUCGAUGAAAAAAGUAACAAAAUGAUUUAUAAAAUAUAUGAAUACAUAUAUAAAUAUUGAAAUGAAGAGUUUUGCUGGAGAGCGACUUCUUGAUGUCGCAGUUCGCGCAUUACUUUACGUUUAGGUCUAGCAAAUUAACCAAGUAAAAAAAGAAUCCGUAGUUUGGUUUGACUCAUAAACUUGACUUAUGCGUGUGACACGCGAUAUGUAUUGAUCUGCAAAGGUUCGCAAAUUCAAUGAAUGAGUAAAAACGACGCGCUUAAGUAAGAAAUCACCGCUUUAAAAUCGUGAGAGUGAGUGUACAACUACAUGGAAGUAUGAGAGAGCGACCGGAACUUAAGGAAAAUGAAACAUAGACGAAAUAAUUAAUAGAAAUGUAAGAAGUGUACAAAGGAAAUAUAUCGAGUGAAGAAUAUGUUAA